AUGGUGGAAAAUGAACAGCGCAAACAGGGACAUGGAGGAGGGUAUAGUAGGAAGAGAAGAUAUAGAGAUGAUGAGGGCGGUGAUCGGUAUCGACACCAGCGCAGAAGAUACGAAGAGCCAAUUGCUGCGAUCGUUAGGAGACAGCUGUUGAACGUUGCAGAACCAGUAAGCUAG